AUGCAGAUCUUUGUGAAGACCAUCACCCUCGAGGUCAAACCCAGUGACACCAUUGAGAAUGUCAAAGCCAAGAUCCAAGACAAGGAGGGCAUCCCACCUGUUCAGCAGCAUCUGAUAUGUGCUGAGUCCACCCUGCACCUGUUGCUUCGCCUGCGAGGUGGGAUCAUUGAGCCAUCCCUGCACCAGCUCACCCAGGAGUACAACUGUCUCAAGAUGAUCUACUGCAAGUGCUAUGCUCGCCUGCGCCCCUAUGCUGUCAACUGCUGCAAGAAGAAAUGUGGCCACACCAACAGCCUGCACCCCAAGAAGAAGGUCAAGUAA